GUAUUGAUAGCCAUGUUUUCAUUAGCGCUCGCCUUUUCCGCGUUGGCUUUUGCAUUUGGAGCGAUUGAACCGGAAAUCGACCAUAAUCCCCUCAACAGCACGCUCCCACCGCUGCAACAGGAUGACUUUGUUUUUGUUGCAACAUCGAUGCUGCCCCGUUUGCCACUGCUUCACGCGACAAGGGCUUGGCGGAAAGGCAUGCGCGCAGUGUUCGUGACAGAAACGCCGCUGGAGAAAGUGCCUCUGCAUUUGUUAGCAAGCUCGUUACGGCACCGAGAGCUGCUGGCAUACUACCCGAGCUAUAAGAUCAUGCCCAAUGGCAAGCGCAACCACUACCAGGAUGGCGACCGGCGAGCCGCCAUGGCUCCAUUCCUAGGCUACGCCAUGCUCACGGACCCAAACCUGCUCGCGCCCCACACGCGGCACCCCGCUGCGCUGCUAUCAAUGGGCGACGGGGCUGGCGGAGGAGUUGGCGGGCACGGGCGACACGCGGGGGGCGCGCUGCAGGCAAGCGCAGGGGGUGGCCCUGGAAGUGGAGCAGGGAGCAGCUCAACCACGGGCGUGGCGGCGGCGGCUGACGCGGCCGCUGCGGCUUCCGCCGCGGCCUCUGCAGCUGCUGCGGCAGCUGCUGCGGCAGCGGCGAUAGCUGCCGCUGCGGUAGCGGGGCGCGACGUGGGUGCGAAUAGCGCCACUGGUGCCGCCACUGCCAGUGCUGUUGGCGCUAGCGACGCGGGCAGCGGCGACCCAUUCAAAUGGAUGCUGUUCGGUGAUGAUGACACAAUCUACUGGAUGCGCGGCGUGAAGGCGCUGCUGCGAGACCUGGACCCGCAGCAGCCGCUGCUGCUCACUGACAACCACUUCCGCGGCAGCGACUGCCCCAGCCAGCACGCGGGCGCCUGCCGCGCCUGCACCGCGCCGGGCGCCACGGGGCCGGGCUCGGGGCGGCCGGCAGAGGAGUGCAAGUGCACGGUGGAGGCGCUUUGCGGCCGCAAUUUCGGCCACAAUGUGUCGGCGUGCGUGAAUCUGUGGGAGGGCGUGGUGCCUUUCGGCGGCGCCGGAUUCAUUUUCUCCAUCGGCUUCUUCAAGCAGCUGACGGCAUACAGCAACGGUGGCGGCUUCAGGGCCUUCGAGGGCUGCGUGCACCACCCCUUCAACGGCUCCAUCAUGGGCUGGCCCGAGGGCGGCGACGCCAUCCUGUCGCGCUGCCUGUGGCGCAUGGGCUUCCCGGUGUCGGUGCCGCCGUUGGACUCGCCGCUGGGGACAAAGCGCUUCGGUGAGACUCUGACGCUGCAGCGCCUGUACGCCGCCGCCGCCGCGCUGUCCAACAACUCGCUGCCGGAGGACGCGGCGGCGCAGUGGACGCACGGCGCCACAGUGCACCUCAGCGUGCGCGACUUCAAGUCAUACUGGGACGCGGCGGCUGCGGCCAAGAUGUUCAUUGCCAUUUACGAUAUGGUGGCGGAGCGGCUGUGGCCCACCAAGCCGCGGAAUGGCGGCUAAGAGUUGACAUGAGCACUUGCAUGAGCAGAGCUCGGGCGACAGCGUGCGCGGCCACGCGCCUAGGGUGGAGGGUGCUGGGGUACAUCGCUGUCGGGCGUGGGAUGUGGGGUUCACAAGUACGCACGGACGUGAAUUGCUGUAGGGGCCUCUACAUUGUGUGCAAUUACUGAUUAAUUUAUGCGGCGGGGUGGGGUGUGAACAAGUGGUUGCGUAUGAGGCAGGCGCUAUCUCUGUGGGAUGAUACACAUGACGCUAGCUGCGGACUGAGGUGACAGCUGUUGCCGGAGUGUGUAUCCUUCGGCCUCGCACUGUAACCUCAACUGUAUCUUAGUUUCUGCGCAAACCUGGGCAGCGUACCGGCAUGUAAUGCUUCUGGGCGCGAUGACUCCACGCUGGCUAUCUGAUG